AUGAACUCAACUUUGACUCACCGAUUUGAAGAUAUUUUCGGGGUGCCAAUCGACGACACCACCGUCGUUGGGUUGAUCAUCGCUUCGGUCAUCUCCGUUUAUGUCCUCACGAGCAGACUCAAAUCCCCGUCCUCGGCCAAACAGCCGCGACAGUCCACCACCACCACGGCAAAGACGUCGUCGUCGUUUUACGACAAGUCGACGACCCCGAAAAAGAUGGAGCUCACGCCGUUAACCGACUUUGAAUGGGACAAAGCCGACGCCAUCAAAUCCAUGCCGUUCAAGAAUGCGCCCUACAAAUUGACAAUGGGGAUCAAGAACUUGGACCCGCAGGACUGGCUCUUGAUCGAGCCCACGUACAAGAGCCGCAUCGAGACCAAGGUCAAGAUCAUCAACAACAAGCACCCGGACUACCCCGUCACGAAGGACUUGCGCAGCAGCACCAUCUUCGCUACCCCCGAGGCCAGCGCCGCCAUCGUCGAGUUCUACGACACGGUAAUGAGCUACAUGAGUGCAAAGUACCCCACCUGUUUCCACCUCGACUCCGCAUCGAACCAGAUCCACAACAUGAUAACCUCGAAAUCGUACCCGGCACGCGGCACCGGCGUCGACCCCACCAGGCUCGAAGAGUACCUCGCCGAGACAAUCGAAGAAGACUUCAUCAUCCUCCUAAAGGACCCCACCCGCAACCACGAGGAAGACGGAACCGAAUACUUCUUCAAAGCCGGCGUCUUUGCCUUUGCAGCAGGUUUCAACCCGGGUGACCGCUUCAACAAACCGCUCUCGUUCAUCCACCAUCCAAUCCCCAACUACACCGCCAAGCUCAAGACAUCAAUGAACCGCUUCUUCAACCGGAUCUCCCCCGGUCAAUUCGUGACGAGGUCCAACUGGUCGAUGCAGACGCACGCCAAGCUCUACGUUGACGAUGAAAACAAGGGGCACAACUUGCCGCGCGGCCACGUGCAACGGGCGACACCUUUUGAGGAGAUGGAUUUCAAAGCGAUGCACUACCGUUCCGAGCGCCAGGUGUUGACCAAGUUAGAGCGGUCUCAAGCGGUGGUGUUCACGAUCCACACCUACUUGGUUCCCUUGAGCCAGGUGCGCGAGGAGGGCAAAGAGGUGUGCCAGCGCUUGAUUGGCGCCAUCAGGGGGUUCCCGCCCGAAAUAUCGCAGUACAAGCGCGCUGAUGAGUGGGGGCCCGCGGUGAUGCAAUACUUGAGCCAAAAUCCAGAAUCCUUUUCUUAA